UGGGAAUUGGUGGUAAAUUUUCUGUAAUUAUAUUUUUGUGUGUCUUCUUAUUUUCCCACGACAAAAAAAAAAGACUCGAUAAUCAGUUCCCAUAACUUGGUGCCCUUUCCUUUACUCUCUUUUUAAGAAAAUGAAAGACUGAAAUUUUAGAAGUCUCCAAUCCUGAAAGUGGAAACAAUCUAAACAUUCAUUUCAAUUAUUACUUUCUGUUUUUGCUUCUUUAGUUUCUGAAGACAAAACAGUGGAGAGAGGAUAAAACAAUGGAAGCUUCAAGCACAAGAAGCGAGAAGAAGAAGAAGCAGCUCCAAGAAAACACAAGCACUCCAAAGAAGAAGAAGCUGCCCAGUGUUUGGUUUUCACUGAAGAAGUCUCUCUACUGCAAAUCUGACCUCUCAGAUGUCCACGACCCCAGAUCCAGAAAAGAGCUAGCUACCAUUUCCACCAAGAGAACAGCUUGCCGUUCCGGUUGUUCAAGAUCCAUAGCCAAUCUCAAAGACGUAAUCCAUGGAGGCAACCGGCAUUUGGAGAAGCCGCCUUGCUCUAGCCCUCGCUCUAUCGGAAGCAGCGAGUUUCUCAAUCCCAUCACUCACGAGGUCAUCUUUAGCAGCUCCACUUCCGAGCUCAAGAUCACCGGCGCCGGGGACAUGGCCUCCCCCACCGGAGCGAGGGAAUUCGUGGGGACUUUCAGGCCGGGGACGCCGGUGAAUUACUCCUCUUCAUACCGGAGCCAAGCGUCGAGAAAGGCUUCGUUGGUUGCGUCGGAGAGAGACAGGGAAGGUUUAGUAGGGUUUCACCCGAGCAGGAGAGAUUCCGCCGUCAAUGGAGGCGAUUCCUCUGUUUCUUGCCAUAAAUGCGGCGAGAAGUUUAGCAAACUCGAAGCUGCAGAAGCUCAUCAUCUCACCAAACACGCCGUGACUGAGCUCGUGGAAGGCGAUUCGUCCCGGAAAAUCGUGGAGAUAAUCUGCAGAGCAAACUGGUUAAAGAUAGAGAAUCAAGGCGGGAGAAUCGAUCGGAUCCUGAAAGUGCACAACAUGCAUAAAACCUUGGCCAGGUUCGAGGAAUACAGAGAUACGGUGAAGAUCAGAGCGAGCAAGCUACAGAAGAAACACCCGAGGUGUAUCGCCGACGGGAACGAGCUGCUCAGGUUCCACGGCACCACCGUCGCGUGCGUUCUGGGGAUAAACGGGUCGACGAGUCUGUGCUCGUCGGAAAAGUGCUGCGUCUGCCGGAUAAUACGGAACGGGUUCUCGGCGAAACGGGAGAUGAACAACGGAAUCGGGGUAUUCACGGCGUCGACGAGCGGGAGGGCGUUCGAGUCAAUCGCGGUCGCCGGUGGUGAUGGGACGACGGAGAGGAAGGCGUUGAUCGUGUGUCGAGUAAUCGCCGGGAGGGUUCAUCGGCCGGUGGAGAAUUUAGAGGAGAUGGGUGCGUUGAAUGGGUUUGACUCUUUGGCCGGUAAAGUUGGGCUGUACACAAACGUCGAGGAGCUUUAUUUGCUCAAUUCUCGAGCUUUGCUUCCUUGCUUUGUGGUUAUCUGCAAGACCUAAAUCCAAAAAUUUUGAAGAAACAAAAUGGGAAAUUUUUGUUGAUUCUUUGGUGAUAACUUACAAGUAAUAUCAUCAAAAUAUUAAAAACGCAAACUUUGGGCUAUUGUUCUCACUAUAAAAGCUUUCAUGCAAAACCUCUAUAUAAAAAACUUGUGUCACACUAUACACUCUUAUAUUUCAAA